CUACAAUAUCUGUAACAAUGGUGAGGAGAGGGGGAGCAAAGAUUUCGUCAAUCUUAAUCUCUCUACGCCAUUUUUGGACAUUUAUAUUCUUCUCUCUUCUUUUCCUCCCAACUUUUGCAAAAUUUAAUCUUUUUGCCAGAGGAAUUUUGUAGCGGCUUCUCAAUCUACCUAAAUUUCAUAGCACCUGUGAAAUUUCUUCCUCUUCUACUGUUCCUCCUGGAUUAUUCACCUUCUUAGCACCAUGGCUGAUGCUCCGGCUGUCGACCGAGCUGUUGACAUGGACAACUUAGAUGAUGAGAAAAAAAACGCCGCGGGGUCUUUUAAAAAGAAGGCAAUGAGUGCUUCUAACAAGUUCAAGAGCUCAUUUUCAAGGAGGAGGAGGAGCAGUAAGGUCAUGUCUGUUGAAUUUGUAGAUAUUCAUGAUGCUGAGGAAUCCCAAGCUGUUGAUACUCUCCGCCAAACACUUAUGUCAGAAGAUCUAUUGCCUCCAAAGUUUGAUGAUUAUCAUAUAAUGCUCAGAUUUCUACGGGCAAGAAAAUUUGAUCCUGAGAAGACAAAGCAAAUGUGGAGUGAUAUGCUGCAGUGGAGGAAGGAAUUUGGUGCUGACACUAUCAUGGAGGAAUUUGAUUUCAAGGAGGUCAAUGAAGUAUUGGAGUAUUAUCCUCAAGGUCAUCAUGGAGUAGAUAAGGAUGGCCAACCUGUUUACAUAGAGCUUCUCGGCAAAGUAGAUGCUACCAAGCUGAUGCAAGCCACAACCAUAGAUAGAUAUAUUAGCUAUCACGUAAUGGAGUUCGAGAGGACCUUUGUAGUUAAAUUUCCAGCUUGUUCACUUGCUGCCAAGAAGCACAUAGAUCAAAGUACAACCAUAUUGGAUGUAUCUGGAGUGGGAUUGAAACAAUUCAACAAAGCUGCCAGGGACUUGAUUGGUCGCCUACAGAAAAUUGAUGGUGACAAUUAUCCCGAGACUCUGAACCGUAUGUUCAUCAUAAAUGCUGGUUCCGGAUUUAGACUUCUGUGGAAUACUGUCAAGAGUUUCCUUGACCCGAAGACCACAGCAAAGAUUACAGUUCUUGGUAACAAGUAUCAGAGCAAGUUACUUGAAAUAAUAGAUGCUAGGCAACUGCCUGAAUUUUUUGGAGGCACCUGCACAUGCGAUGACAAAGGAGGUUGUAUGCGUUCUGACAAGGGGCCGUGGAAAGACCCAGAUAUAUUGAUGAGGGUACAGAAUGGUGGAGCAAUAUGUAAGCAACUUGGAAACAGCCAUCGGUGUGAUGAGAAGACGAUAACUGAGGAUGAGGCAUCCAAGAAGGUGCAGAAGGAUGAAGAGGCCCCAAAGACCAAUGUUGAGCACCAACAACUUCCUUCUAUUAGUGAAGAAGAGUCUAACAAGGCAGUGAGCCCUAACAGCUUAGUGCCUGUGGCUACUAAAAAGCCUGAUAAUUCUUGGCAUAAGAUGGUGAAUAGUGACAAAUAUGCCCUCGUGAAAGCUGACUGCUAUGGCCUAAACAGUGGUUUCAAGCCACCAGAAGGGAUUAGCAAUCAGAUUGUGGCUGGUUUGAUGGCCUUUAUUAUGGGUAUCGUCACAAUGGUGAGGUUAACUCGUACAAUGCCGAAGAAGAUGACGGAUGCUAAUCUCUAUUCUACACCAAUGUACUGUUUCGACUCAAUGGGUAAAGCUCAGGGCCAAGAGUUGGCGAUCUCUAACGCUGAAUUCAUGACUGUCAUGAAACGCAUGGCAGCCAUGGAAGAGAAACUAUUGGCCAUGGCUGUGAAACCUGAUGCUAUUACCGAGAAAGAGGAGAUGCUCGAAGUUGCCUCAAAUCGGGUUGAUGCCCUCGAGCAUGAGCUUACAGCAACUAAGAAGGCACUGGAAGAUGCCUUGUCAAAGCAAGAGGAACUCUUAGCCUUCAUGGAGAAGAAAAAGAAGAAGAAGAAGCUAUUUGCGUGGUGAAGAAAGACCUCAAAAGAGGAGAGAAAGAUGCUCAGAAAAGAUUGGUGUUAUGUGAUUUCUACACCAGACACCAAAUGUUAAUAGUAUUACUUACCCCCAAAAAAGUAUUUAUCAAUUCUUCUUUUGCAUCCCAUCUCUGAUUUCUGAAUAGCAUCAUCCUGGUGGAAUUCUUAGGAGAAAUAUACUGUAUGUUGUAAAAAGCUUGUCCAAUAUAUUAGGAGCCUCAGAUUUUUCUGUUUGACUGUGACUGGAAAUACGGUCACAAAGGCUUCCCUUAGUAAUUUUGCUAAUUAGAGAGAUUAGUAAACAAAUCAUUUCCUCCUUCUCCCACAUAAUUGGUUUGUCUUUGUUGGGCUCUUUUUAUAUUUUGGACACAUGGGAAUACAUUGUAAAUUAACUAGUUCACCAGAAAGUCGUUUCUGCUAUUAAUUCCCAAAGAAGUAUGAUUGAUGGAAAACAAUUGUUGUGCAUCCCUUCACAUUGAAUUAUAUAAUGUAUACCUUGGUGUUAA